AUGGAUCAAACCGUGAUUGGGUUUCCUCAAUCUUUGACAGAGUUUCGUUCUAGCUAUCCACUAACACGCAAGAAUAUUGAGGAUAUCACACAACAAUGUCCAAAUUUAACAGUUUUGGUUAUCAACCCUAGUUAUUUUGAUGAUUCUAUUAUGUCAUUAGUACUUUCCAAUGUUUCACAAAAGAUUGAAAAAUUUUCCCUCUUUGCUCGAGACACACUAUCAAAUAUAACUGGUUCAUACUUUUCAGUAUUUUCAUCUAAUUCAUUCUCCCAUUUGAAAAAGCUCAAGGUGGUAUGGAAAUCAACUUCUGAUGAAACAAUAUUGAAUCUCCAAAAGAAUUUGAGCAUCCUUUCAAGAACAUUAGAAAGAUUGAAUGUUGUUUUCACUAAUGAAUAUGAUCCCUCAUAUGAGUUAGAUACAUUGCUAGUAAAUUGCAAACUGGAAGAAGUUUUAGGUGAGGCCAUUGAAGCUUCAGUUAUUCCUCAUUUACCUAGGAGUUCUCUAAAGGUUCUUAAUGUAAGGGUAACCAACGAGAAUGUUGAAUAUCUAAAAUAUCUUGGAGAAUUCAAGAAUUUGACAACAUUGAAAGUAUGCUUUGGUGAGCAAGUUACUAACUUACAAGAGUGCACUUUUCCAAGUAACAUUACUAAUCUUUCUUUUGUCGGAGAGAUUACUGGAGCAGAAAUUGGAUUCAAAGACUGGCUACUCUCUACAAAAAUUUUAAAAGAAUUAGUGUUUUCAAGGUGUAAGAUUCAAGAUGAAUUUAUUAAGGAUAUUAUUCCCCUAUCUGAUGAGUUGGAUAUCCUAAAAAUAGAGUACAAUGACGGCCUUACACAAGAAUCGACACAAUAUUUCAGACAAUUCACCAAUUGUAGAGUUUUACUGUUGGAAUGCUUUGACUCUAGAGUAUUGAGCGCAGAUUAUUCUCUUUUUGAACAAGAAGUUAACAGGGUUACCGUUAUAAUGAAAGAAGAACCACUAAGCACAAAACGGAUUUACCCAACAAUUGAUUAUAAUGAUAUUGAUCAAUGUCUUUCCUAUGUAAGAGAAAGAAUAUAUUUAAGAGAAAUGAAAGAUGCAUGUUUAGCUAUUGAACAACUAUCCAGCUAUGUUUUUUUAGACAUUUCGAAAGCCGAAAUUUGUAAACUUUUUCUGACUGCUUUUCAAGAUGAAACUAGUGUGGACUUUUAUGGAAUAUUUGAUCUUUUGGAUAUGAUCAGUAGAGUUUUACAUCAGUUUAUUGAUGGGAAACAAGAAAUUUGUAAUUUUUCUGGACAUGUUAUUAUUAAUACUGUUAUUGCAGUAGUGGAUCAUUUCCCACAAAAUGAUAGCAUUUUGGACUUUAUCAACCUAGUUAUGUCCAAUGAAUUUUUCAAAUCUUCUAAGAAAACCUUAGAACUUAUUGCAGAAAAGAAAGCAAAAAUAGAUACAGAGUUCACAGAAACAAAAAUUAAGCCAAUAUUGAAACCUAUAGGAGAAGACCUUUUCCAAUUUGUGCAGGAAAAUAUUCCACCACAGAAAAAAGAUUAUACCAUUCAUAUUGCAGAUGUUAAGGUACCAAAAACUGGCCCUUUUAAUACUAGCUAUUAUUCUGAACCUUUCAUACAGUUUGGACACGAGUGGGUUGUGGAGCUUCUGCCAGAUGAUGAAGAUGAAUGUUUGGGCAAUUCUACAGUAUUUUUAACACUAAAUUCCACAAUUCCAGUAGAGAAUAAGCAACAGGUAUUUGAUAGAAUAAGACUCGACUUUUUUAUUUGUAAUUUUGAUCUAGAACCUCAAUCCUAUCUUGUUCACAGUAGAAAAUUCAUUAUGCCUAAAGCAUCUUAUGGAAUAUUUCUUGAUAAGACCCAUAUUGCCGCUUACUCAACAGAUGACGAUGAUUUUCUCAAGUUUAAAUUUGUGGUUGGGAUGAAGAAAGUUGAGGAAGAACCAUUCAAACCUUUCAAUAAUAUUGAAAUGUUCCAUGUUGGAAGAAAGGAAUCAUCCUCAACUAAUUAUCCUCCUAUUGUUCAUAGAUGGGCAACAGAGUUUCCAUUAUCCAUCCAUACUUUGACAUUUCGUGUUAGUCCUGAUAAUAUUGAUAGAUGUUGUUAUUCAGAUAAGUUCACAGCAUUUGGAGCCAAGUUUUCAGCUUGUUUCAAUCACUUGGGUGUUGCCAAUAAGGUUAAGGAUUUUAGAGAAAACUCAUCAUUAUACCUAUAUCUAUGUUCAUUUGAUUACAAUGACAAAGAAAACGAAUUGGAAUCAAUCAAAGUUAAAGCAAUAUUUGCAAAUUCUGAUUUCCACACAGAAUCAUUCUUUGUUUUCAAAAAUACAUUUCAUUCACUUGCAAGUUCAGGAAGGAAUGCAGUACAAAGAGCCUACUAUCAACCCAAACUAAUCCAUGUAGAUGGAAAGCCUUACUUUGAAUAUGUUGUAAAUUGUUGUCUUGCCUUAAUGAGUAGAAAAACUUGUCAUCCAUUUGGAUACAAUAGAGAAGAAGCAGAAGAGGAAUGA